UCCGGGCGGAGGCCAUGGCGGGCGCUCAGGUGCACAUGUGCCAGACCGUCUGUCCCUCUCACGCGAACCAUCGCGGGGAGCUGAGCCCCGGGCAGCUCCUCAAAUGGAUCGACACCACGGCCUGCUUGGCUGCUGAAAAACAUGCUGGCCUUCCAUGUGUGACGGCAUCGGUGGAUGACAUACAGUUUGAAGAAACUGCCAGAGUUGGACAGAUUAUCAGCAUUAAUGCAAAGGUAAACCGGGCAUUCACUACAAGUAUGGAGGUCGGUGUAAAGGUUACAUCACAGGAUCCUCUUACUCAGCUUCAAAAACUGAUCAGUGUGGCUUUCUCUACCUAUGUGGCAAAACCAUCUGGGAAUAACAAGGUUGACUUAAAACCAGUAGAACUUCUUACCAUACAAGAUUUCAUAGAACAUACUCUGGCUGCUGAGAGAAGAAAAGUUCGACUGGAUCACAAAGACGUCCUUAAGAACCUGAUGGAAGCAUGUGGCACGGAUGAUGAUCAUGUUUGUCAUCAAGAAGAAGAUCCAGUUUCCACAGAUCUCACCCGUGUGCAGAGUAUUGAACUUGUCUUGCCUCCUCAUGCCAAUCAUCAAGGAAAUACAUUUGGUGGUCAAAUUAUGGCUUGGAUGGAGACAGUGGCUGCUAUUUCACCCAGUCGCCUGUGUGGUCUGCAUCCUACUUUGAAAUCCGUAGAUAUGUUCAAAUUCCGGGGACCUUCAACUGUUGGUGACCGCCUAGUUUUCAAUGCUAUAGUUAACAAUACUUUUGAGAAAAGUAUUGAGGUUGGUGUUCGUGUUGAGGCUUACAAUUGUGAGGAAUGGGGCAGAGGCCAAGCCCGACAUAUUAACAGUGCCUUUCUCAUCUUCAAUAUUAUAAAUAAUCAUGGUGAGCUUUACACUGUCCCCAGAGUGAGAGCCACAACAAAGGAUGGUUUAAGGAGAUACGAUGGAGCCAUUAUGCGCAAGAAGAUUCGAUUAGCCAGAAAACACAUUUUCUCGAGGAAGGAAGGCAAUUACACAGCUGACUUCUGGGACCAAAGCAACCAGGCAAACAUAAUAAAAAGCAAUGUUACAGCACUGACCAUACUCACAGAAAAGCCUGGAUGGGAAAUAACCAACACUCUAAACCGUAUAAAAAUGUACAUUUUAAAAGAGACAGAUGUUAUUUCCAUCAAAGCUGAAAUGCAAGUAUGGAUACCUUCAAAAAUAGCCUUCUUACUUUUAUCAGACUUCACACUUCAUGUGCACUGGGCUAAACAGUAUCUAACCUGUAGGGUCCUAGAGCGUGUGUCUGAGGAGGACAAAAUAUACCACAUUACAUCCCCAUCAGUUAAUGGAAAUAAGCCUGAUGAUUUUUUAAUUCUUGUAUCCCAGAGAAAACCUUGCAAGAUUGGAGAACCUUACAGAAUAGCAGUGACGCCAGUAGCCUUGACAGCUGUUCCACCUUCUAACCAGAAUGAUUACGGAAGUAAAAUCCAUUGUACAGGAUUCAUGGUCUAUGGCAACAGCAGUUCAUCUUUGGUAUCUUACUUCAUCCAAAGUGUGCCUCCUUUUACUACAAAUCUUGCUCACUUAUUAAAAUCAACUGAAGAAACAGCUUCUGAGUGCAUCAAGUUCUUAGAAUCCAGGAGCAAGAAGAUGGAACUGCAACUUUAGUAAUACUUCAUUUUAACAUUUCAAAAUGACCAACAGUUCUUUAAUACUAAUGUAACUAACCUGGUGAAUCCACUGCAGACUUAUUUUUAUCAUCUGAAUCUGCUCAAUAUUGUUAAAGUGGGCCACAUCAUCCAAGCCUCUUUUGAAUCCUGGUUGUUUAGUCUUUAAAAUGUCUUCAAGUUCUUUUAGAGCUCUCAGACAGCUUAUUAUGUCUUAACAUAAUGGAAGUGUUUAGGUUUUUUUAAAAAAAGAUCACUUGAUAUAAGUACACAUUUCUUUUAUAAAGAAAGUGCCUGUUUUGUGGUCCAUUUCAGCAGCCAAAAGUAUGUCUGUAAGAACAGAAUAUGUACAGGGCUGCAGGUAUUCCACGAUUUUAGAACUGUAUUGUCCAUACUGUACAUGGUAGAUGAUAUAUAGCAGAGAUUCCAGUAUAUCAAGAUUGCCUCCUUUCCAAAAUGAUUUCUAGUACCUGUUGCUGGAAAAAUACUGCAUACUGGCAAUAAUGGCUUGCCCAAACUCAUAUGAAUUUGCCCAGACACUUAGAUCAGUCAGUGGGGUAAACCUCAUGUGUCCAAUAGUAAAAGAGGAACAAGAGACGGGCUGCUUGCUGGUGACACCUCUCUGUGGAAUGGCCUAUCCCCAAAAUACAUGCUUGGCUACCUCUUCUUAAACUGAUUUGGAGUAGGUCUGGGGGUCAAAACACGUCUACUAGGCUCCCACUUUCACCCUCCCUCAAGUUGGGCCAAUAUGGCCUAUGGGCGCUUUCACAACUACUGGCAGGGAGCAUCUGAGUUCAGUUUUCCCCAGAGGCACCCUCCCAUUGGAUUGCACUUUUUUAUAAGCACAUCUGUGUUUAUAAAUGUCUUAGAAUCCAGUUUUUUAAAUGGAGAAUUUAGAUUUACACUGGCAAACUGUUUUUAAAAAUACAGGCCAAAAUCUCGUAGCAUGAAUUACACACCCUAUCAAAGUGAUGACAUCAGUUGCAGGGAAGACUGCUGCUCAAUAAAGAAUUUCCAUCUCCCAUUCUGGAGCUCACCCACAACUCAAACUCAUUGUGGUCAAGAUGGGCGUGCCCUGGGACUGAAGGAGAAGUGAUUUAAUUACCAUCAGUCUCUCUAUGCUGGCGAAGGCAUCAAUUCUAAAACAGGAUUUUGGGGAUUUAAUCCUGUAAAUAAGACAUUUCAGUAGCAAUAACAAACCCAUAGUACAAAUGUCUAUGUAUAGGUUUGUUCUAAUAUUAUGCACCCUACUUUUCCUCUUACAUAUCUGGCAGGCCUUUUUGGUGAACCUUUACACUUUACAGUAUUUUAUAGUCCUGUUGAAAUAUAAAAAGCAAGACAAACAAGGACCAUAGAGGAAGUUGCAGGUGCAUUUUGUAUCUCAGCCAAUGAUUCUGCUUAGCUGCUUGUAUUCUAAAUAUUAAUGUACAGUCACUGAGUCCAUCUUUAGUUUUAUGGUACUCUUUAACCUGAAACCAUGCACAUGCUAAAUUUAAGACAUUUGUUAUUAUAAAUCAUAGCCCAUAAUAGGGACAAAAUAUAUUAAUUCAAAAUGAUUUUAGAAUUGUUAAAAUAGUUCUUUGUUUUAAACCUGUUCAUUCUGUUUUUACAGAGAGUUAAAUAGAGUUUUCAAAUUGACCUCAUCAUUGGACAUGUUUGUUACAAAAUAGAAACAGAUAUGAGCUGAGGUCAAUUUAAGCUUUCUCCUGUUUUAAAAUUCAGAAAACAAUCCACGUUAUUUUUUGUUUUGAAGAUUACAUUUUUGCUAUUCAACAUCUGGGAAAAGCAAUAUAACAAUUUAAAUAAAUCUAACACAAAACAGUGA